GGCGGCCGCGCAGGCGUCAGAGCCAGACGUUCUUCGCAGAGUGGCCGCGGUCUCCUGCUUCAACAGUGCUUGAACGGAACCCGGCGCUCGCCAACCUCCCCCAACCGCCGCUCCCAGCUAGUCCUUCGUCACCUCCCUACAGCAGCGCCCUCGGACGCCCCAAGGCCCCCGCCGCCGCCCCAGCUCCGCACAGCCGCUGCCGCCACUCCUCAACCGCCGCCAUGACGACCGCGUCCCCCUCGCAGGUGCGCCAGAACUACCACCAGGACUCGGAGGCCGCCAUUAACCGCCAGAUCAACCUGGAGCUCUACGCCUCCUACGUCUACCUGUCCAUGUCUUACUACUUUGACCGCGAUGAUGUGGCUUUGAAGAAUUUUGCCAAAUACUUUCUUCACCAAUCGCACGAGGAGAGGGAACAUGCCGAGAAACUGAUGAAGCUACAGAACCAACGAGGUGGCCGCAUCUUCCUGCAGGAUAUCAAGAAACCAGACCGUGAUGACUGGGCAAGUGGGCUGAAUGCAAUGGAGUGUGCGUUACACUUGGAAAAAAGUGUCAAUCAGUCACUACUGGAACUGCACAAACUGGCCACUGACAAGAGCGACCCCCAUUUGUGUGACUUCAUCGAGACGCAUUACCUGAAUGAGCAGGUGAAAUCCAUCAAAGAAUUGGGUGACUACGUAACCAACUUGCGCAAGAUGGGGGCCCCGGAAUCUGGCCUAGCAGAGUAUCUCUUCGAUAAGCACACCCUGGGAAACUGUGAUGGGGAGAGCUAAGUUUUAGCCCCUUUCCCCACUGCCCCCGGGGUGACCUCCCUGCUCACCAAGACAGCGCGUGCAUGUUGGGUUUAUCUUUACCUUUUCUAUCAGUUGUACCAAAAUGUUCACCUAAGUUCUUUCAUUUGUACCAUUCCUUCAGAUAAAGCAAUUUGGUACCCA